ACAAAAGAGGAAGGAAGGUUUAUUCACAAGACAACUGGGUAGAAGUGUAUAGCUCUGUUGAAAGGCACAACACUCAAAAUAACAUUGGACCAAAAUACUUUUUUAUAAAAGGCCUUUUAUUUUCUGCAACGACUGGCAACCAAUAUAAAACAGUGAAGAGGAUGGUGGCCGUGACAUUCUUGUUCCUCUGCUUCUGGGCUGUAGGUGUCCACGGUGACCUCAGCCGUAUCCAGGUUACUCUGGAGCCAGACAGGCCCUCUCUGAGGGUACAGCUCUCUCACACCGCCCACCUGCGCUGCUGCUACUCAGCCACAAGGGGAGCCGUGGAAACCACCUGGUUCAUCAGCAUCCAGACGGUCAACGGCACGUCCGCCCCGCAGGGAGUGGACCGGAGAGACAACCAUGUGACAGUGGAUGGGGGGAAUCUGACUGCGGCAGGGGUCAUGUGUCACACACUCAUCCUGAGGGAGGCCCGUCUGAACGACUCAGGGUUGUACCAGUGUUUUCUCAACCACAGCGCCCUGCGGCACUCUGUGUACACCCACGGCACCUUCCUGCAGGUCUACAGGCCGAUGGUGAAGAUUCUGGAUAUCAGUGAAAGCACCAAGAACAGCAUCCUGACUGCUGAGGCAAUGUUACUGAUGGUGGCAGUGAUUCUGCAUGGUACCAUGAUGCUCUGUAAGACGAAGAAACUCAAUCAACUGAAGAAGAAAAAGGUCAAAGAGGAAGAGGAGAAUAUCUAUGAGGGUCUAAAUCUGGAGGAAUGCUGCUCCACAUAUGAUCAGAUCCAGCGCUCUCUGGUGCAGGGCCCCUACCAAGACGUGGGAAACAUGAUCAUAGAGGAGGAAAUCCAACUGGAGAAGCCUUGAAUGAGAGGGGGGAGGAACAGAGGGUGGUAGAAGAGUAAUUUAAUAGAACAGAGUUGUGGUGAGGGUUUUGAUAUGAAUUUUCUUCAAAAUGUUCCCCCCCACACACACUCAUGUUUGAAUUUAUAGAGGUGACCUGCAUUUUCCUUGCAGCCUUUGCCUAUUGUUUAAAUCUAAUUUCUUCGUGGACCAAAAAGGCAGUAACCUACAAUGUCAGAGGGAAUUUUGCUUUCAAUUUAGCCUUUCAUUACAAAUGCCAAUACCUAAACACUUUAUAUUCAUAAAAUAUAUUUUUUUCUGGA